AUUGCUCUAACACUUGCAUUUCCGUCGCCCCCUUCUUGUCGUGGAAGCGAUGCCGUUUUGAAGCAUCAACAAGCAUCCUCCGCAGUAGGCUCUGCUAUCUCUCGUUCCCUCUGCUCCUAAUAAUCACUGAACGGCAAUUCCACACAUACCCAGAUAUAAAAACUCCAUCUUUUUCAUCUACUACUUGUUUCUGAACCCCCUCUCACUCUCCUUUCAUUGUCUUCAACUCCCACACCAAGAUUACAAUUAUGGGUAUGUUUCGUAGGUACAUAAAUUCUCUGAAAACCCCUUCAUUUUCACUGUGCAUCCACCAUUAUCGUCACAUCUUCAGAAACAAAGUUCUCGCACAAGUUGAAUCCACACUUCACUCAACAAGGUUUUCACCCUGUCAUUUCUCUGUUCAUUGCCAAAGGCCAUCUUUAUCUGAUAAUAAAACUUCUUGUGUGCGCUUCAUUCAAUACUCAUUGCCCUUGAACUAUCAUAUUGCUUGUUAUAUCCCUAAACGUCAUUACUGUGCAGAAACUGUUUCCAUGAAUCAGGAUCUUAGUUGUUGUGAGAGUGAAAUUGAUCAGGUGUGUAGCACAAUGGUGGAGGGUAGUGGUUUAGAAAGUGAUGUUGGCAAGGUGUAUAGCACGAUGGUUGAGGGUAGUGGUAUAGAAAGUGAUGUUGGCAAGGUGUAUAGCACGAUGGUGGAGGGUAGUGGUAUAGAAAGUGAUGUUGAUAAGGUUUAUAACACUAUAAUGGAUAAUUUAAUUGGGUUUAACAAUUUGGAGGAGGCUCUUGGCCAAUUGGGGAUCCCAUUGUCCACUCCUUUGGUCAUUGGGGUGCUGCAUAAGCUUAGAUAUGAUGAAAAAAUUGCAUUUAGGUUCUUCACUUGGGCUGGUCAUCAGGAGAAUUAUUCACACGAGCCUUGUGCUUAUAAUGAUAUGAUGGACAUCCUAUCUAGUACUAGGUACAAGGUGAAACAGUUUCGGAUAGUUUGUGAUAUGUUGGAAUAUAUGAAAAGGAAUGACAAGAUUACUGUUCCGGUUGAAGUUCUGAUGACUAUUUUGAGAAAGUAUACUGAGAAGUAUCUUACUCAUGUGCAGAAGUUUGCAAAGAAGAGGAGGAUAAGGGUGAAGACACAACCGGAAAUAAAUGCAUUUAACUUGCUAUUGGAUGCUCUAUGCAAGUGUUGUUUGGUUGGGGAUGCUGAAGCUCUAUACAAGAAAAUGAGGAAAACGGUCAAGCCUAAUGCAGAAACGUAUAAUAUAUUGGUUUUUGGGUGGUGUAGGGUUAGAAAUCCAACUAGAGGGAUGCAACUACUGGAGGAAAUGAUUCAACUGGGUCAUAGACCUGACAAUUUCACAUACAACACAGCCAUUGAUACAUACUGCAAAGCUGGUAUGAUAACAGAGGCUGUUGAUCUUUUUGAGUUCAUGAGAACAAAAGGUUCAACUAUGUCUUCCCCCACUGCCAAGACUUAUACGAUUAUAAUUGUGGCUCUUGCUCAAAAUAAUAGAAUGGAGGAGUGUUUUAAACUUAUAGGGCAUAUGAUGUGCAGUGGUUGUCUUCCUGAUGUCACAACAUAUAAGGAAAUAAUUGAGGGAAUGUGCGUGUGUGGAAAGGUAGAUGAAGCUUACAAGUUCUUGGAAGAGAUGGGAAACAAAGGUUAUCGACCUGAUAUUGUUACUUAUAAUUGUUUUCUCAAGGUCCUUUGUGACAAUAAGAAAUCUGAGGAAGCACUUAAAUUAUAUGGAAGAAUGAUUGAAUCGAGUUGCAUUCCUAGUGUUCAGACUUACAAUAUGCUGAUUUCAAUGUUUUUUAAGAUGGAUGAUCCUGAUGGGGCAUUUGAGACUUGGCAGGAAAUGGAUAACAGGGGUUGCAGACCAGACAGUGACACAUACUGUGUGAUGAGAGGGCUAUUUAGCUGCAAUAAGAUGGAAGAUGCUUGUUUUCUUUUGGAAGAAGUGAUAAACAGGGGAAUAAAGUUGCCAUAUAAAAAGUUUGACUCCUUUUUGAUGCAAUUGUCUGUGAUUGGUGAUCUCCAGGCGAUUCAAAGGCUCUCAGAACAUAUGAGGAAAUUCUAUAAUCAUGGCAUGGCUAGACGUUAUGCUCUAAGCCAGAAGCGCAAGAGCAUGAGUUUAAGAGGGAGAUAAUAGUUAAAAUUUUCUUUCUUGAGUUUGUGCUAUCUGUCAGGAACUGAAGGGGCAAAAUUAAGAGGGUUCUUCUCAUGAUAGGUCAGACAAAGAUUUUCUGCAAGCAUGGCAAGUUAUAAUAGCAUUCACUAUUGCAGAUACUGCCUUAAAGCUUGCCUUGCAUUACAUAUUGGACUCAUUCAUUGUGAUAACUAGUUGCAUCUCUGAACAUAUUCUAUUGGUCAUGCUGUUUGGUACCGAUAAUUUUUGCACGAAGAACUGUAGGUCUCUUUAUCUUUUCUACUCUCAUUUUUAAUUCAUCUAGAGAAACAAUGGAAGCUGCCACAGACACAUUUUUUAUUGAACAAUGUUGGUUAGUUGAUGCAGCCUAAAGAUGGAAGAUCCAUGUAUGUAUUUAUUGUUACAUUUGAGGACAAAGGUUACACUUCUGCAUGAUGUGGAGGCUUGUUUGUUUUGCUGAAGAUCCAGUGGUGGUAAAGGGUGGAGUUUGUUAAAACAUGUCUGGCCAGUGAUUUGAUAUAUGUGAUUAAGAUUAAGAUCAUUCUCUGUGAAUGUUUUCAGUGUUUAUAAACCAUACCACAAAGAUAUGGUUGUACAUUAGAAUGUAUUGUUAAUCGUUCUAUCAUGUUGUAAACUUUGUUGAAAGCUAAUAUGUAGCAGCCAUUCUUAA